AUGACUUUAACUGUCUUUUCGCUACCCUGGGAAGAUGUUAUCUUCACCUCGAUAUUGCCUUUCUUGACCCUUAUGGAGGUGUGCAACCUGCGCUUGGUCUGUAAAUCAUUUAAUCAGCUAUGCCUAGAAUAUUUCACUUGUUGUACUGUCUAUGAUUUAAGUCCAUUUGCUGCAUCAUUACGUCAUCAUCAUCUGCAAUGGCUUCUUGGCUAUAAUCGUUUCAUUCAAUAUCUCAAUGUUUCCAAUUGUAAGGAUUUGUUAAAUGAUGAUAAUUUUAUUCCUAUUCUACGCCAAAAUCAACAUUUGAGACAGUUAUGGUUAUCUGGGUGCUCCAAGCUAACCAACGCCAGUAUUGAAUGCAUUGCAACCAAUUGCCCAUACUUAACUGAAUUACAUUUAAAUGAAUGUCGUUGGCUUUCCAAAGAGAUUAUCUUAUUAUUAAGUGCACAUUGCCAUCAAUUAGAGGUGUUCUCAUGCCGUGGAUGCUGGGAUAUCGAAGACGAGUGUAUUAUAUCCUUAUCCAUCAAUUGUCCUAAUUUAAAAGAAAUUGACUUAGCAUGUUGUUAUGCUAUUACCAAUAAAUCCAUUUUUAAUUUAGCAGCAAGAUGUCAUCUCUUAAGGCAUGUCUCACUCGUGAGUUGUUGGCGUGUUACUGAUACGGCUAUCAAGAAUCUAGGUGAGAACUGCCCAAACCUUGCUGUUCUUCACGUAGCUGAUUGCCGUAAUAUCGGUGAAAAGAGUCUAGUUCCAUUACAUGAACGUGGCGUUCAGCUAGACGUACCAGCUACCCUCCGAUUUUACAUCAACGAUCGCAGCUUUAAUCAUGGUUCAGCGUUACUAUGA